CACGGAGUCACGGUGAAUACCUAUGUUAAUUCGAAGGAAUAUCGGGCCAAAAUUGUAAUUCGACUUUUCUAAGAACAAUAGAACGAAGAAAGGGUCUGAAGCUCUUCCAAGUUCUCCGUCGACGGCCACCAUGGCGGCUUAUUACCCAGCUCCGCCUGCCCAUUAUCCAUACUACGAAGCUCCACCACCACCUCCAGGAGCCACCCACACUCCAGCGGUUGUGAUGCCCCAGCCGCUACCACAGCAGCCAUACCUAGCUUCCCAUCCCCAAUUUGUGGCAUACGCUCCUCAAAUUUACCCUCGCUCCUCCCAUGACGAGGUCCGUACUCUAUUUAUAGCUGGACUUCCUGAAGAUGUAAAGGCUCGUGAAAUCUACAAUCUUUUUCGAGAGUUCCCCGGCUAUGAAUCUUCCCACCUUCGCACUAAUGCUAGCACUCAACCAUUUGCUUUUGCUGUGUUUGUCGAUCAGCAGUCAGCCGUCAUGGCAUUACAUUCACUCAAUGGGAUGGUAUUUGACCUUGAAAAAGGUUCCACCUUGUAUAUUGAUCUUGCAAAAUCUAAUCCCAGGUCCAAGCGCUUGAGAGCAGAUGAUGAAGGAGCUGGAUCAGAGAAGAGGAUGAAAUCUUCCACUUAUUCCAGGGAGACAGAUUCUGGUAUUGUUUCUGCUUUCCUUAGCAUGGAAUGGAAAAUUUUCUCCAGCGACAGCUUUAUCUUUUUUUUUUUUUUUUAUGGAUAUUUUUAUCUCUAUAUGUCUAAUGGCACUCAACUGUGUGGCUCUUCUAGUUCUGUUUGUUAGUCGCACUGUUUCUCUGUUAUCUUACUAGGAAUACAGGCUAGAUAUCACUUUGAGAGCACAUUCUCAUAAAAGCUCACAUUGCACAUGUUUUGCACUCUUGGGCACUAGCAGGUGGCAGCAUUCACAUGCCUGGAAUCGGUAAUUCUGCUCACAACACGAAUGAAUUUCCAUCCACACAAAGGUCAUCUGCACUACUUGAGCACGUUUUUCUCUUACCUGGGAAGUCAAUGCUUCUAGUUGAUCCCCACAUUAAUUUAAUUACUCUUCACAUAUUAUAGAUUUUAUUCUGGAGGCUAGGUCAAGGUUCCAGUAGAAGCUGUCUCUAUGAUGCUUCUGUUCUCUUUAGAGAAUUGCAUUCGCAGGAUAUGAUACUGAUUUUAAAUUUUUUCCCCACAGUCAGGAAAGCUUUGAUGGUAGGGCUGCUGAUCAUUCUAGCAAGAAAAGGGUACGUUCUAUUCCUAAUAGAUUUGUAUCUUCUGGAAGUUAUUGAUUUCAACUUUGCCGAUGUUAUUACUUCUGUACUGGAUAGACUUUGGUCCUAAUUUUAAUACAUUCUUUAAGCUUCCUCUAUCCCAAAGUUAAAUGGCUUUUUUUCCUUUUUUUUUCCUGUGGCUGCCCUUGUUUUUGAAGAUAAAUGUUAACUUAAAAGAUUUGGGAUAAUUGCUUGCCUACAUUAUCGAAAUGUUCAGGCAGAUGUACCCCAUUCAGCUUAGCCAAAGGUUUGGAAGCAUUGAGUAAAUUGAUAUUAUCUACAGCAGAUUCUCUAUGGCUGUAUGUCUAAGUGAUAACGAUCCACUGGCAUUCGUGUUAUUUCUUUCUUUUUCACUUCUUCCUCCCUAAAAGAUUUUCAAUGGUGAUAGGUUUCCAAAUGGUAUAAAUUGGCUAUAUUACGACAUGAACACUCUGCAUUUGACUUAGGAGGAAAAUUUUCUGUUUAGUUGUUUGCUUUAGCUUGGGAUUAUUAUUUUCAAUUUCGUGUUAACGAUUCACCAGCAUGAAGGAUCUUCUAAUGUUUUGAUCUGUAUGUGUGCUGAACACUUCUGCAUCGACUUCAUCAGAAUGCACCCCCAUGUCCAACAUUGUUUGUGGCUAAUCUAGGCCCAACUUGUACAGAGCAGGAGCUGACUCAAGUCUUCUCAAGGUCUCAUGAUUCUUGACAAUGUAUAAUCAAAUUCUUUGAAUCUGCACUAACUCUAUGUUUCCCUCUGAAAUCUCUUAGAUGUCGUGGAUUUCUAAAACUGAAGAUUCAAAGCACAUAUGGCACUCCUGUUGCAUUUGUUGAUUUCAAGGUAUAUUUGUAGCUCUAUUUUAUUGGGAGAGUGAAAAGCUUUGACUAAGUUCAGUUGUGGUUGUCAACCUUUGACUAAGCUUUGACUAUAUUGUUUUUUUACUUGGUUGGACUCUUCUUUGGGAUACUAGGAAAUUUUCAGAUCUUCAUCACUUUGUGGAACAUGUUACAUUUUUGGUGCCCAUCAAUUUCUUGAUGUUGGAAAUUCAGCUGGGUUAUUAUAAUCUUCAAUUUAGCUCCAUUUUGUUGUUGUUUUGCUUGUGUAUUUACAUAGUAAUAAGAUUAAAAUGAUCCAUGCUUUCAGUUUCAUAUAAUGUUUGUUUCUUUAGUUGUGUUUAUGGAUAAUCCACUCGCUUGGUUUGCUAGUAAUAUUGUUAAACAUUAACAUUUAUCUGUGCUCAAUUUCCCUCUUUGUUGGUGGUACUUUCUGUUGAUGUUGUGUUACGAGAUACAUUGUCCAUUUUUUCUCGUUUUCUUGGUCAUACAUUUGUCAUUGUAAAUGCAAGGGCUAUGACUAAAUAAGAUUUUGUUGACAUGCUACUUUUUUUUUUAAAAAAAAUUUCUGUGGGAGUGUAAUUUCUGCAAAGAUAAAGCACUCAGUCAGUAUGUCAUAAUUUAUCAUUCUAAUGUUUACAGAAAUUUGGAUGGGAUCUCAUGGUUAAUUUUUCAGGAUACUGCUAGUUCAACUGAGGCCCUGAACCGAUUACAAGGGACGGUUCUGUACUCGUCGCCAUCCAGUGAAGGCAUGAGAUUGGAGUAUCCUUGAUUAACUUUGGCUCUUCUUGAUAUUACUGUGUUAUUUUCUUGUUAUAAUCCAUGGUGUUUCUGUCGUCCAUGUUUGGUCUUAACAAGGUAAUUAGAUAUGCAAGAUCACGAAUGGGAUUGCGCAGUAAAAAGUCAAGGUAAUCGUAAAUGAACUCAUACCAAGCAAUAUUUGACGGAAGUAUGUGAUUUUUUGAAAGGCCAGUUUACGAGGUUUGAACGGUAGAGUUCAGCUGGAUGAUAUGUAGUUGCAUAGGAUCGCAGUUAACCUGUCCCGAAAACUGUAACUUGGUUUUCUGUUGAUGGAAAUCAUGAUAAUUUAUGUAUGCAAUAUAUAUAGUAUUAUAUAGCUUCAAUCUGAUUUGGCAUUUUCAUUUACUUCUGGGUUCUGGCCUGGGAUUCUCAGAAAUCACAAUAAUAUUCGGAACAUCCACAAGGAUCUCAUCUUUUGGUCGGGACUGUGAGUUGGUUAACCUGCAACUAGUUAGUUACCAGCAUUGACUGCAACUGGAUCCCUUCAAUUAUUAGUUCAAUGUAAGCUAAAAGAUUAGGUUGAUUGUCUAACAACCGUGUCCUCUUGUUCCCACUAUUCUGGGGUGACAUCUGUUCCGAGCCUUGAUUUCAUUUGUUCCCCUCACUUUCAAUAGUUUAGAAUUUUGUUUAUUCAGUUGUUUUCUACACUAAAUAUGACUCUUAUAUUUUAAAAGGA